UCCAAGCUGGGAGGAGGCUGAACAGCUGAAGUGUGCACUGUAAAUUCACAUUUGUGCCAGCUUAAAUAAGUAGAUCAUUGGGUGUAGAGGGCUGCCUCUCCUUUUUUGUAAGUAAGUAGAGACAUACUGCACCAUUUCCUGAUUCACUGAGCUCCAGAGGGUUGCUGGCUGUGUGCAGCAGGGGAGGUGCUAGAGCUGAUCAAGCAGUGUAAUUUUAUACAUUACUGAAUCAGUGCAGGGAAAACCUGGAGGGACAAAGCAUCAGCUCAUCUUUGGACUGCAUUGUGAAAUCCUCCCGCUUUCUGCUCCAGCCAUGCUCUGAGACAUUCGUUCGUUUCCCUCCCACCCACCCCCCUUUGCUCCCCACUCCUCUCCUUUUUCCUCCCUCAAUUUUUCCCCUCCUUGUGGUGUGAAUGAUAAAGUGGUCUGAUGAUGGCCCUCGUUAUGGAACCUAUUAGCAAGUGGACGCCCAAACAAGUAGUGGAUUGGAUGAAAGGCCUUGAUGACUGCCUCCAACAAUACAUAAAGAACUUUGAGAGGGAAAAGAUCAACGGAGAGCAGCUAUUGCACAUCACUCAUCAGGAGCUCGAAGAGUUGGGAGUCACUCGCAUUGGUCACCAGGAACUCAUUCUGGAAGCGGUGGAUCUGCUCUGUGCUUUGAAUUAUGGAUUGGAGACGGAGAACCUGCGAACGCUCUCUCACAAGUUGAACGCCUCGGCCAAAAACCUUCAGAACUUCAUAACGGGUAGAAGGAGGAGUGGCCAUUACGAUGGCAGGGCCUCCCGAAGACUGCCAAAUGAUUUUCUUACCUCUGUUGUUGACCUGAUUGGUGCUGCCAAGAACUUGCUUGCCUGGUUGGAUAGGUCUCCAUUUGUCAGUGUGACAGAAUACUCUCUGCUGAAAAAUAACAUUGUUCAACUGUGCCUGGAACUAACAACCAUAGUGCAACAGGAUUGCACAGUGUACGAAACAGAAAAUAAAAUUCUUCAUGUGUGUAAAACGCUCUCUGGAAUCUGUGACCACAUCAUUUCUCUCUCAUCUGACUCUCUGGUCUCGCAAUCAGCUCACCUUGAAGUUGUUCACCUUACCAGCAUCAUGCCAAGUGAAGGUUUGGGGAUGUAUAUCAAGUCGACAUACGAUGGGCUGCACGUGAUCACUGGAACCACAGAAAAUUCUCCAGCAGAUCAGUGUAAGAAGAUCCAUGCGGGGGAUGAAGUGAUCCAGGUCAACCAUCAAACAGUGGUUGGCUGGCAGCUGAAGAACUUGGUAAACGCAUUGCGUGAGGACCCCAAUGGAGUGAUCCUAACUUUGAAAAAACGGCCUCAGAACACCCUGGUGUCUGCUCCUGCUCUUCUGAAGAACGUGCGGUGGAAACCUCUUGCCCUACAGCCUGUGAUUCCGACCAGCCCGACGAACAGCUCCACGACCCCUACCAGCACAAUGGGCAUGAGCUCCAAAAUAGACAGCUCAACUCUCCAAGAUGUUUUCAUCCUUUCCCCUAUGUCCGGACUCUAUGGCCCAAGAGAUGAAAUUGGAAUCGUGUCUUGUGACGACAUCAGCAAGUAUGGUGUUGGAAAGACUGGGCUGAAAGGUUCUGAGUCCCCGAGCUACUUUUUAGAGCAUGAAAGUGGAAAAUAUUAUACGUUAAUUGAAGGCGAGGGCCAUCCAGCAAGCUCUGAAUAUGAAAGAGGCAGAGCAACGGGGCUGCGGCGAAGAGAGAAGACUCCCACGCACGGUGAUCUGAGACCAGUGUCUAUGCCAACAGAAUAUAGCUGGAUAGGAGAAUCAAAAGAGACAAAUAUGUACAAGAGGGGCAGCCGAGAUUCUGAGAAUUCACUCCUGCGGUAUCUGAGCGAUGACAAGAUCUUGGUGAUCCAGGAGGAGCCUUUAACUCAGAAGGACAACAAGAGGGACACCGGUCGCAGGUCACGGAAAAAGGGCAAGAACAGCGGGAGCCCCAAUUACCCCAUUAGCCCCUCCAUGUUGACCUCAUCUGUGAGCGUGCGGCUUGAACCUGGGCAGCAAGAGGUCUUGAAUUUCUCCCUAGCUGAGAGCAACACUGUGCCACUUUAUCACAGAGCGGGUGACACCAUCGGUGGAGAUUCUGAAAGAUAUGCAAGUUCUGCCGUUGAGCGUCAAGGAGGCACGUCAAUGAGGAAGUCUUUUCACUACGCUUCCUUGCGGGUCAAAAGCAAAAAAUGGCCCAAAGGAGGUUCGCUGAACAACAGCAGCCGGCGGCGUAUUUCCUGCAAGGACUUGGGGCACGGAGAUUGCGAAGGUUGGUUGUGGAAGAAAAAAGAUGCCAAAGGUUACUUCACCCAGAAGUGGAAGAAAUACUGGUUCGUCCUGAAAGAUUCGUCCCUCUAUUGGUACACUAACCAGAAUGAUGAAAAAGCAGAAGGAUUCAUCAGUUUGCCAGAGUUCAGGAUAGACAGAGCCAUUGAAUGCAGGAGGAAACAUGCCUUCAAAGCUUGUCACCCCAAAAUUAAGAGCUUCUACUUUGCGACUGACUGUCUGGAAGAAAUGAAUAGAUGGAUGAACCGUCUGGGUCUUGCAGCCAUUGGUUAUACGCCUGAUGACAAGGAUAUUCGGCCAGAUGAAGCAGAUUACUGGAGUGAAAGUGACCAGGAAGAUAUUGAUGGCUCCUUAACACUGAAACAAGAUGGCCCCAUAACACUUUGUGAUACCUAUCACAGAACACCCUCAAUGAAUUCUUCGAGUCCAUUCCCUGAGCCCAAGCAAGGCCGGCACUUCUCCAGUGAAUCAACCUACUCUCAUUCUUCCGCGGAAGAUUCCCGACAAGAUCCAACAGGGAGUACGCACUCGUCAGGCUGUAGGCCUCCCUACAGAGAAAGACGCUCGUGGCAGGACCUCAUAGAGACCCCGCUGACCAGUUCAGGGCUCCAUUUUCUCCAGACUGUUCCUCCUGACCCCGAGUACGUGAGCGGCCGGCUUGGAAUGUCACCCGAGAGGCGGAGGCAAGCAACGCUGCCAGUCCAAAGACGACAUAACCUUGAACAGGACGGCCCCUUCCCAUUGGUGGAUUACCACCGAGGUCAAAGCUCUCACACCCGGCCCCAGAAACAACGGAGUCAAAGCCUUCCGCGAAACAGAGAUGUUCGAGUCAAAGGCUGUGUAAAGCCCGAUGGGAUAACAGAAGAGAGAUCUGAAGAGCAAGUGCAUAGUAAAAAACAAAGUCCUUUGUCUGAAGAAGAAAACACAGAAGAACUAAAAGGGAGUAAAGACGGUCUGCAUGAGUUGUACAAGACCCUGGAGCAAGCGAGUUUGUCUGCCUUUGGAGAGCAGCGCCCAUCCACCAAGCAGGAAUUCCGGCGGUCCUUUGUGAAAAGAUGCAAUGACCCAGUGAUCAACGAGAAGCUUCAUCACAUUCGAGUACUCAAGAGUACUUUAAAAGCAAAAGAAGGUGACCUUACCAUUAUCAACAACCUCCUGCACGACCCCACCUUAACGUCAAAGAAAUUCAAAGAGUGGAAAGUCAAGAACUAUGAAUUUUUCCUGGACGUUUGUGAGUACAGCGCUGCUUUGAAAGCUCAGAAUGGAGCCUCUGAACUCGCCAGCCCUGCCCCUCUGCUGACACACACGCAUUCCUUCAUCGAAACGCACGUCUGACAGGCUGUAGCACCCAGGGACACUUGGGGUGGGUUCGGGAGGGUGGGGCCAAGGUAGGGGCAGGACAAUGAGAAAUCCAUGGGGUAAAACACUGUAACCUGUGUAAAUAGGGUACUCUGCUGUAUUGUACAUAGGUUGGAUAAGAAAAAAACAAAUAGUGCCACCGGAUGCCUACUGCAUUGCAUGAUAAGACUGUCUUAUUUUUGUUAGAUUUUUUUUUUUAGCGUUUGGUUUGCGUUAGAAAAAAAAAGCAGUGCAGAAGUGUUUCAUCGGCGCCAAAACCCAGGAAGAUUUAUGUGUACUGUACUAAAGGGGAAGUGUGGAGGAUAAAGGAGCUCUCUUUUUGAUUUUAUAUAUGUAGAUAUACUGUAUGUACCCAUAUCUAUGUAUAUAAAAUGUAACAUGAAAAAAACUGAGGUUUAUUUUUUAAAAGACUCUGAAAUGCUCAUCUUCAUAAUUUUCCCCUUUUUUAUAAAAACAAAAAACCAAAAAAACCAAAAGGAAGUGUAUACUAUUUAAAAAAAGAGAGAAAUGCAUGGGCCACUCCUAGGGAAUAGAAGAUUAAAUGUUCAGCAUUUCCGACAA